UCAUCCUUCACAAUGCUGUUCCAGAACUGCGCGUUAUUUUUGGCGGUUGUCUGCUCAAGGGUAGGCUGGACGUGGGCUGACGGUUGCUCAGGCUCAGGAUGUGGGAAGUGUGACUGCAGUGGUGUGAAAGGGGAAAAGGGUGAAAGGGGAUUUCCUGGCUUGCAAGGCAACAUGGGCUUUCCUGGAAUGCAGGGACCUGAGGGCCCCCCUGGGCCGAUGGGCCCCAAGGGAGAUGCUGGACAGCCAGGAGCUCCUGGAUUGAAAGGAAUUCGUGGCCCUUCUGGUCUGCCCGGGUUCCCAGGACGUCCAGGCCUCCCAGGCAUCCCAGGACAAGAUGGCCCCCCUGGGGCACCAGGAAUCCCAGGGUGCAAUGGAACAAAGGGAGACCGAGGCUUCGAUGGACUCACAGGCAUUCCUGGCCUGCAGGGACCUCCUGGUAUUCCCGGUUUGCCAGGAAUGAAGGGUGAUCCAGGUGGUGUCAUUGGUGGCUUUAUCCCACAGAAAGGCGAGAAAGGGAUUGCUGGUGCACAAGGUCUGCUGGGGCAGCCAGGCUCUCCAGGAAUCCCAGGGCCGAUUGGGCCCCCUGGUCCUCAGGGACCCAGAGGUUUGCCUGGUCCUCCUGGCCCACCUGGAGAGAAGGGUGACAGGCUAACUUUCCUAGGUGAAAAGGGAGAAAAGGGGAGUCCAGGAAUAAGGGGACCUCCUGGACCUCCUGGACGCCCCUCUCAGGAAUCAGAGCAGCCCUCGACCAGUCAUUUCGUACCAGGACCUCAGGGUGAGACAGGAGCACAAGGAGAGAAAGGAGAUAAAGGUUACUGUGUGCCAUACCAGAAUGGGGUCAAAGGUGAACCUGGACCGCCAGGCCCCAGAGGCAAAGCAGGAAAGGAUGGAGAGAACAGCAGUAAAGGGGAGAAAGGCUUUCCUGGCUUACCUGGCUACAACGGACGACCGGGUGAAAAAGGAGAACAGGGACCACCAGGCCAUGGUGGCGGGCCACCUGGUCCCCCUGGGCCCCCUGGUCUCCCAGGCUUACAGGGGGAGCAAGGUUUCCCUGGUAUUCAAGGAGAUCCGGGUCUUCCAGGCAGGAACAUUGAGGGUCCCCCUGGAGAUAGGGGGUACCCAGGGGAAUCUGGCCAGAAGGGAGACAAGGGCGCAGCGGGUGUGUCACUACCUGGACUGAGUGGCAAAGAUGGGCUUCCGGGACCUCCGGGGCCACCUGGACCUCCAGGCGACAGGGAGUGCAACAUAGACAGAGGGCCUCCUGGGCCACCAGGGCCCCCAGGACUCACUGGAGAAGAGGGACAAAAGGGUAACAAAGGAGACACCUGCGUGCACUGUGAGGCAUCUGGACGGCCCGGACCCCCUGGACCCCGUGGGCCAAAGGGGGUGCAAGGUUUCCCUGGAUUUGCGGGGAGAAAAGGAGAAAAGGGUUUACCAGGACCUGCCGGCCCUCCCGGGACCCCGGGUACUGCUGGGACCCCAGGGCUUAUGGGUGCUCCUGGUGCCCACGGUGAGCCGGGAGAUGUUUACGUGGCACCAGGCCUGAAGGGAGAGAAGGGCAUGCCUGGCAACGCUGGCAGGAAUGGGCUGCCGGGUCUGGAUGGCCUCCCAGGUAGAGAUGGCCUACCAGGCCUGCCAGGAGCCAAAGGAGAACCUGCCACUGUGGGUAUCAAAGGAGAGCGGGGCCGAGAUGGGGACCCAGGUUUGAUAGGACACCCAGGAGAGAGGGGUCGUCCAGGCAUCCCAGGGUAUGGGCGCCCUGGCGAGCCAGGGGAGAAGGGCAGCCAGGGGAGGCCUGGACUUCCUGGAGCUCCGGGGGCUGUAGGACCCAAAGGUGAACCUGGGAAAGGCGUUAGCUCACCUGGGCCACAAGGUGUGCCUGGACCCCGAGGAGAGGUGGGAAGGCCAGGGCUUCAAGGUGACCGAGGCCCCCAAGGUGAUCCUGGUACACGAGGUGUCCCUGGACAAAAAGGUGACCCAGGCCUCCCAGGAUUUGGACCUCCUGGCAUCCCUGGGCCCAAAGGGCAUCCAGGUAUUCCAGGGCCCCCAGGGCUACCUGGAGACCCAGGACAACCUGGACAGGAUGGUUUUUCUGGACGUCCAGGUGCACCUGGGCGAAAGGGUGAACCAGGAAGAGGACUGCCAGGACCAAAGGGGUCCAUGGGGCCAGAGGGGGUCACUGGGUUCCCUGGAGAGAAGGGCAGUAUGGGGCCUCCUGGGAUUCCGGGACGCGAGGGGCAAACAGGACCUCCUGGAGCCCAGGGAAUUAAAGGUGACCCUGGACUCCCUGGAAGACAUGGCCCUGAGGGGCCACCUGGUCCACCAGGACUGGGGGAGCCGGGUGUACUGGGACCGAUGGGCCCGCCAGGGUUUCCUGGUCCCUUUGGCCCUGCUGGCAUGAAAGGUGAGAAGGGGUACCCGGGUCCCCCGGGUUUGGACAUGCCAGGGCCGCAGGGGGAGAAGGGUAAUGUCGGGUUGCAGGGGAUCCCAGGUUCAAAGGGGUUGCCAGGGCGACCAGGCCCACCAGGACGAGAUGGUCUUCGAGGCGCGCAAGGCCCCAAGGGAGAGAUGGGGGUAAUGGGGACCCCAGGAUUGCCUGGAUACCAGGGUCCUGUUGGUAAUCCUGGUGCCCCUGGACCAAUUGGUGACUGCGGUGUCAGUGGACCAAGAGGUGAAUUUGGUGAUCAUGGACCCAAAGGAGAGAGAGGAGAGCCUGGUCUACAGGGACCUCCUGGCAACAUGAGUGAAGUGGACAUGGAGCAUAUGAAGGGCGAGAAGGGCGACAUUGGAGACCAAGGUGACCCUGGACAAACGGGUGAGAAAGGUUUCCCGGGACAGCCUGGAGUGCCAGGAAUGCCAGGAAAGGACGGAGAGCCAGGAUUACCAGGACAGCCAGGUCAGAAGGGUGACCCUGGUGAGCCUGGAGAGCCAGGAAGCGUUGGAUCACCUGGAGUGAAGGGCAGUAUGGGAGAGAUGGGCCUGCCAGGUUCGUCUGGACCAAAAGGUACUAAAGGAGUGGUGGGAGCGCCUGGGCACCCGGGAUUCCCAGGAUCCACUGGGGUGAAAGGGGAGAAGGGUGAUGCAGGUCUGCCUGGCAUCGGGGUCCCAGGACUUCCAGGAGAAAAGGGCCAGACCGGCCAGCCAGGUCAUCCAGGAGGUCGAGGAGAGAAGGGCCAGAAGGGCGGUAUGGGCAUCCCAGGAUUGCCAGGGAAACCGGGGCUAAAGGGAGACGCAGGGUCACAGGGUUACCAAGGCAGCCAUGGGCAACCAGGUGAGAAAGGAGUCAGUGGGUUACCUGGAAUACCAGGCGAGCCAGGGCUACAAGGACGGCCAGGUGAACCUGGACUCCAAGGCCCCUCUGGUCCACAAGGGGAGAAGGGUGAACCUGGCGUGGAUGGAAUCCCUGGAUCCUCAGGAGAGAAGGGAGACCCGGGUUUACCUGGCAGGGGCUUCCCUGGCUCUUCUGGACCAACUGGCAGCAAAGGUGACAAAGGCAGUGAUGGCCUCCCAGGCAUUCCUGGCAGCCCAGGGAUACCAGGAAUUAAGGGAGAGAAAGGCCUUCCCGGUGACUAUGGCCAGCAGGGCCAGCCAGGGGAACGGGGCUUCCCAGGGCCCUCCAUGGAGGGGCCCAAAGGAGACAAAGGAGUGUCAGGGGAGCCUGGAGAGCAAGGUGCCCCCGGAGCCCCAGGCCCUGCUGGAGUUCCAGGACUUGCAGGGGCCAAGGGAGAGAAAGGAGAACAAGGUUACCUGGGACCUCCAGGCCAGCAGGGAUACAAGGGGGACAAGGGGUUGGCCGGAGUUCCUGGACCACAAGGGUUGCCAGGAUUCAAUGGACAGAAGGGUGAUAUGGGACAGCAGGGUGUUCCCGGAUUCCAAGGGGAGAAAGGUGAAGUUGGAGUGAUGGGAAUCAAGGGAGAGCAAGGAGACAGAGGCUUCCCUGGAGUGAAAGGUAAUGUCGGCCUCCCAGGGCCCCCAGGCCCCCACACCUUCAUCAAAGGGGACAUUGGCUUCCCAGGGCCUCAGGGGCCACAGGGGCCAUCAGGACCACAAGGGUUCCCUGGAGUGAAAGGACAGCAAGGUGUGACGGGGCGCCCAGGGGUGAAGGGAGAGGAGGGGCAGCCUGGGUUCCAUGGCCAGCCUGGAAGGAAAGGCGAGUCUGGUCCAGUUGGACCCGCAGGACCCAGGGGAUACCCGGGACCCCCAGGGCCUGAUGGAAUGCCUGGUCAGGUGGGGCCCCCUGGACCAGCCUCCAUGGACCACGGCUUCCUGGUCACCCGCCACAGCCAGUCGGUGGAAGUCCCCCUCUGCCCCCAUGGAACCAGGCUUAUCUACGAUGGCUACUCCCUCCUGUAUGUCCAGGGUAAUGAGAGGUCACAUGGACAGGACCUGGGAACUGCAGGGAGCUGCCUGCGGAAGUUCAGCCCCAUGCCUUUCCUCUUCUGCAAUAUCAACAACGUCUGCAACUUUGCCUCCAGGAAUGACUACUCCUAUUGGCUGACCUCGCCAGAGCCCAUGCCCAUGAGCAUGGCGCCCGUCACCGGGGAGAGCAUCAAGUCCUUCAUCAGCAGGUGUGCUGUCUGUGAGGCCCCUGCCAUGGUGAUUGCGGUCCACAGCCAGACCAUAGUGAUCCCACCGUGCCCCUCUGGAUGGGAAUCCUUGUGGAUUGGAUACUCCUUCAUCAUGCACACUAGUGCAGGUGCUGAAGGCUCUGGCCAGGCCUUGGCCUCUCCUGGGUCUUGCCUAGAGGAAUUCCGCUCUGCCCCCUUCAUCGAGUGCCAUGGGCGGGGCACCUGCAACUACUACACCAACUCCUUCAGCUUCUGGCUGGCCACCAUCGAGGAUGACGAGAUGUUCAUGAAACCUGUCCCUACGACGCUGAAAGCCGGAAGCUUGCGAACUCACAUCAGCAGAUGCCAGGUGUGCAUGAAGAGGACAUAACAUGCCCACCGCUGUGGGAUCAGCAUUUCUCCAGCCCUCACUGUGUUUUACAAAUGGUGCUAUUUUGUGAGGAUAAAGACAGCUAUAUUCCAGAAACAGACACUGUGUUCCUCCCUGUCACAAGCCAAUCGGAUGCAGGGCACAGCAAAUUGGAUUUCAAGCCUUGAGAGCAUCUGGCGCUUCCAUUAUUACAGAGCAUUCCAUUACAUCACCACAUUUCUUUACUGAAUGGCACUUUGUUUGUUACUGCACUGAAUAUAUCCCCAUUUAAGCAGGUGUCCUUUUUAAAGGUAUGUGUCAGGUGCUAUUCAGCUUAUCUAUCUACCUUUUGAUAUGUGACCUUCAUUAAAUAAUUCUGUAAUGUUUUACAGGUACCACUUAUCUGCAUUAGUGUAAAGGUAUAAAUAUUUAUGUUUAUCUUGUUUGAAAGCUGUACUAAUAUUAAGACCUAUGUUGUCUCUGGCUAAGAAUUACUAUCAAUGAAAUACAUAUGUCCUUCAGUUAGGUCACUACAGUGCUCGCAGGUGGUACAGGAAUUCAUUGCUUCAUUAACUUCAUUGUAAAUAUGUAACUCCUAAAGUGUGUGAUACACAACUGCAAAAGAUUUCAGACAAU